CGUCUGCGAGGCAGCGCUAGCGGACAGCGUUCAGUCGCGCUGCGGCCGUCGGUGGAGAUGGAGGUCCUGCUGAAGUUGUUGCUGCCGCCGCUGCUGGUCGCCGCGCUGGUCCACGCCGAUGUCUAUCGAAUGUGUGUGGUGGAAGGACCUGGCGGCGAUACAAGAGCAAAGAAAUACUGUCAGCUUCUUGAAGACGGCCAGAGCAAAGCAAAGUGUGUGCUUGGUAACAGCAGAAUGGAUUGUUUAAGAUUAGUGUCAGAAAACAGAGCUGACUUCACUGUCCUGGAUGCUGAGACCAUUCAAGCAGCAAUUAACUCAAAAAUUAGAGAUAUAGGUGUCACAAAUGAGCUGCGAUACUUUCGAAAACAUGAUUAUGAAUAUGAAAUAGUUGCUGUGGUCAGGAAUAGUGCAAAUAUCACAAAUUUUUCACAGCUUCGGGGUUCAAAGUUAUGUCAUCCGGGUUAUGGUUUGAAAACCGACUGGAAUGAUGUGAUAUCAAAAUUUUUUGAGUCUCGUGUUGUGCCACAGUCAUGUGAAUCAAAUCUGACGCUAAAUGAAAAUUACAUAAAAUCAUCUUCACAAUUCUUUGGAGCUGCAUGCAAAGCUGGUCCUUGGGCACCAGACUUCAGACUGGAUUCUGAAUUAAAAUCAAAAUAUCCCAAUCUUUGUCUCUUAUGUGACAACCCCAAGGACUGUUCAACUUUGGAUAAAUAUUGGGGUCGCACAGGACCGCUAUACUGUUUAACUGAUGGUUAUGGUGAUGUAGCUUGGGCACGAUUAGAUGAUUUGGAAACACACUUUGGUAUAGCACCAGAGUCUGAGGCUGUUGCCCCUCCUGAGGAUUACAGCCUUUUGUGUAUUGACGAGUCCCUUGUACCUGUCACCAAGCCGAAGCCAUGUUCAUGGAUUGCAAAGCCAUGGCCAGCUAUAGUUGCAAGAAGCCAGGUGGCAGCUCGUGUUCAGCGGAUGAUAACUGAAGUAGCACAAGCAGACCCUACUGUACAUUGGAUAUGGGCCAUACAUCAUUUGCUGAAUGUUGUACAGCAGACUCCUGUGCAGCUUCCAGCUGUCAUGUCACCAGAAGGAUAUCUCAGACAAGCUCCUGGAUUUGAAAGUGCUAAUACUAUGACACAUUGUGAUCCACUCCGGGUUAUACGAAUCUGCACAAAAUCAGACAAAGAAUAUUCAAAAUGUAGCUGGCUAAAACAAGCUGCUAAAGCAUAUGGAAUUGAACCUGACAUUGAUUGUACAGAAAAAAGUUCAACUGAGGAUUGCAUGAAAGCUGUUCAUCAGAAAACUUCUGAAGUGGUUGUUAUUGGACCAGAACUACUUACUACAGCUGCGAAGAAGUAUGGAUUAAAACCACUAAUUUUUGAGUACACAGACAGUCUUGUGGACUUGUACAGGAUGGCUGCAGUAGUACGAAGAGAUUCCAAAAUCAAAAACAUGACCAUGUUAAAAGGAAAGAAAGCAUGUUUCACAAAAUUUGAUGGUGUUGGAUGGAAUUCGGCAUUAAUAACCCUGUUAAGGAAAGGCAACCUCCCUGCUGCUUGUCCUUUCUCUAGAGCAGUUGGAAUGUUCUUUUCUGACAUAUGUGUCAGUGGAGUAAAUACUUCUGAAGUGGCUUUCAAAUCAUUGUGCCCCUCAGAGAGAGAGAAGAAAAUGUUUGAUGGAGAGACUGGUGCUUUCCAUUGUUUGGCUUCUCAGAAAGGUGAUGUUGCUUUCGUAACAAUUGACACAGUCAUGAGAAAUACAGAUGGUGCCAACACAGAACCAUGGGCAGUAAAUCUGAAAUCAAAGGAUUUCCAAACAUUGUGUGUUCAAAAUGAAACUAAUAACUCUGACAAUGACAACUGCUACAUCAGUUGGUCAUCACGUGGACAAGUGAUGGUAGAUAGCAGUAUUUCAGACAUGAGAGCAGUAGAGAUAUAUUCAGCAUUUUUAAAGAUGAGCAAUUUAUUUGGAAAACACUAUAAAACACCAGUAUCAAUAUUUCAGUUAUUUGGAAAAUAUGAUGGCCAACAGGAUUUAUUAUUCCAUGAUUCCACAGAAAGAUUUGAAGACUACACCACAUUACAAGAAGAAAGCAAUUUCAAAUUAAAUUAUGAAAACCUACUGACAGAAAUGAAACAGUGUCAAAGUAUAGCUGUAUGGAAGCAAGGAUGUGUUUGGUUUGUGCUAAUUGCACUUACCAUGACCUUCUUGUAUUAGCAUUUGAGACCAGUUUGUCUGAAGUGUCAAACAUUAAUUUAGCCAUAUAUUGGUGGGUGAGCUACAUGGCUGCAGAUUAAAUUACUUGAUGAAAUACAGCAACCAGCAACUUUUUAUGUAGCUUUAUUUAACCAAAGAUACAUUUUGGGCUUUUGCCCCUCUUAAAUUUGAAAUGCAAUCAACAAAAAAGCUGUUUUGAUGAAGAGAUGAAUGUAUUAUACCAACCAAAGGAGGGUAUAGCCUGAAAUGUCUUGGCACAAAUACAGCCAUAUAAAAUGAUGCCAGAUACUGUAUAUAUUCAAGUAGCUGAUGUAUGAAGUACAUAAUGGACCCUCCACUUUAGAUUUUGUGCAUGAGACAAACAUCUUGUACAUGGAAUAACUGUACUGACUGAUAGUACAUAUGGUGUAAUAAAUAUGAAAUCUAGCAUAUCACACUAUUUAUGGAGAAUUACUACACAGAAGUGUGCAAGGUUUUAUUUCAUAUGUCUGAAGGAACUGGUAAUCAGGCUUGUGAAUCUGUGCCAUAUUGGCAUACUUGUUGUGACACAAAUGGCCUUCUUAGUAGUGUGAACAAUUUGUUGUGCCUUAUGAGAGUGUAUGUUUGGUGAUACAUUGAAACUAAAAAAUGGAAUUAGGCUUCAUUUUGCCUAUGCCAUUUAAUGAUGUUCUAAGUGUGUGUGUGUGUGUGUGUGUGUGUGUGUGUG